AUCUAAGGUUCUUGGCUUCUUAGCCAUAUGGUUUUAAGGCAAAAGUAAGUGCAGCAUUGAAUCUCCAACGUACAAACCUCAUCUACAAUGGAUUGAAGCUCUCAUUUGCUUAGCUAUCACUUUCAACACAGUAUUGGAUUGGUUAUAUGUAAGACUCCCAAGCAGCAAUAAUCAAGGACCCAUCCACUAGCUAUAUUAAUACUAGUGAGUAAGUGAUCUAGUAUAAAGGCAAGCAAAAGCUAAAGGAAGCUAGCUCAUUGAGAUAUGUCAACUGCUUCCAUUAACAAUUGCCUAACUAUCUCCCCUGCUCAAGCUUCCCUUAAGAAACCUACUCGCCCCGUUGCAUUCGCAAGGCUUGGCAACUCUUCUUCUCCUUCUCCUUCUCUUCCAAGUCUCAUCAGAAACGAGCCCGUCUUCGCCGCCCCUACUCCCAUCAUCAACCCCAUUGUGAGAGAAGAAAUGGCAAAAGAAUCCUACGAGCAGGCCAUUGCUGCACUCGAGAAACUUCUCAGCGAGAAAGCAGAACUUGGACCAGUUGCUGCAGCAAGAGUUGACCAGAUUACUGCUGAAUUGAAAUCAUCAGAUGGCAGCAAGCCCUUCGACCCUGUUGAGCACAUGAAAGCUGGUUUUAUUCAUUUCAAGACUGAGAAAUAUGAUACGAACCCAGCCUUAUAUGGUGAACUAGCAAAGGGACAGAGCCCUAAGUUCAUGGUUUUCGCAUGCUCUGACUCGCGAGUGUGCCCAUCCCAUGUCCUCAACUUCCAACCCGGUGAGGCAUUCAUGGUUCGUAACAUCGCCAACAUGGUCCCUGCUUAUGACAAGGUCAGAUACUCUGGAGUGGGAGCAGCCAUCGAGUACGCUGUUCUCCAUCUUAAGGUGGAGAACAUCGUGGUCAUUGGCCACAGUGCCUGCGGAGGUAUCAAAGGUCUCAUGUCUCUACCUGAAGAUGGUAGUGAAUCAACUGCCUUUAUUGAGGAUUGGGUCAAAAUUUGUUUACCUGCCAAGGCCAAAGUUCUGGCCGAUCACGAGGGUAAAGAAUUUGGAGAUCAAUGCACAGCUUGUGAGAAGGAAUCUGUGAACGUUUCACUUGGAAAUCUGCUUACGUAUCCAUUCGUGAGAGAAGGAUUGGUGAAGAAAACAUUGGCAUUGAAGGGAGGUUACUACGAUUUCGUGAAGGGAGGAUUUGAGCUGUGGGGACUUGAGUUCGGUCUUUCUCCUCCUCUUUCCGUAAAAGAUGUGGCAAGUAUACUGCACUGGAAGCUCAUGUAGAGACAGAGAUCGUCCAGCAACGAGAGGAUUCCCGGAUUUAAUCUGUUAUCUGAACUAAUAUUUCUUGCUCAUGUAGACCAAAAAUUGGCCAUAAUAAUAAUCUACAAACACUCCUUUCGGCUACA